CGUCCAAGGAGCUUGGUGAUUGUGUUGCCCACAGCCCAGAGUGCCUCUAUUGUGAUGACUCAGCAGCUCUUUUGUGCGACUUCCAAGGUUUCUCAGUCCGUCGUCUUCAACCUCUGCACCAUCUUCCUGGCUAAGAUGCUGACUGUGACGUUAGUUCUUUGUGCAAUGGUGGCACUGGCUACAGCUGACGAUGCAGCUGCCAACCAUUCCCAUACUCGUGUGUCAAAGUGUCCAGCCAACUGGAAAACACACAACAACCGAUGUUACUACUUUGAAUCCUGCACUAAGAACUGGGUUAAUGCUGAGAGACAAUGCCAGACCAUGGGUGGGAACCUUGCAUCGAUACACCAGGAUGACGAGCAUAAAUUCCUUCAGACCUUGACUCAGUCAGAAGCAUGGAUUGGAGGUUCAGCUUGCCAAACGGCUGGAAGCUGGUUUUGGAGUGAUGGUACAGACAUGUCGGAAACUUUCUGGUGUCCGCAAAAACCAAACGACACACUAGAAGAGUGCUGUCUGCAGACCAACAGUCAAGUCGGCAAAUGCUGGGAUGACACCGCCUGUGACACACUACUGCCAUAUGUGUGUGCAAAGCCUCUUUAGACUGCAGG